CAGGGGAUCGCUCGUUCCGGCUUCAGUCAGCAGUUCUCCCUUUGUUAUGAAGCAAUAAUGUAGAGAAUGAAAGUGAGAGUUUUACUUCUUUGAUCACCUGUCUUCUCACUUCUUUGAUCGCCUGAUCCAACGCCUCAUAAAGCCCACUUUGCUCAGUCCUUUCCCUUCAAACUCACCCACACAGUCUCCUUGAAGAAGAUGGCUCAUCAGAAAGAGAGACAAGGGGAGAAGAACAGCUCUGAGACGGGCAGCCGUGGAUCAUUGUUGGACCUGCCUGAGCUGGCCUUGGAGUGCAUCCUCGAGAGGCUCGAGCAUGUGGGGCUCCUGAACAUGUCAUGGACUUGCAGCUUCUUGAGAGGCAAAUGCAGAAGUGAUCACCUGUGGGAAAGGCACCUGAGGAGGAAAUGGGGGGAGGUCAUUGGUGGAGCUGCUCAGAGGAAGUGGCAGGGGCAGGUCAUUGAAAUCGCGACGAAGGGACUCUGCAACCACGAGAGAGGGAAGCAGCGGGAUGGUCUGCUUCCGGUCAUGAGGUUGGUGUCCCUCUUGCUGGGUUUCGGCUUCUUGCCUUGGCUUAGUGGUAGAGGGAAGGCUUCCUGUCAUGGGAGUGCAGAUGCAAGGUCAGAGCAAGUCGACAUCCAGCCCGGCGGUUCGGUUAUGUGCUGGUUCUUGGCUCUUGAGAGUGGCAGGUUUUGGUUCCCUGCUCAGGUCUACAACCGCGAGAAUGGGCAUGUCGGAUUCGUGUUGUCAUGCUACGAUGCCGAGCUUAGCUAUGACCAUCGAACUGACACUUUCACAGCCAGGUAUCUACCUCAUGGAAGGAGGGCAGAUUCAAUAGAGGCAGGGAUCACUUGGGACAGGAUAAGACCUGCCCCUGUCGGCACGUCUGCACAUGAUCUUCACUCAUCGGAUUGUCUGCAUGAUCUGCGUCCUGGAGAUCACAUCGAGAUUCAAUGGAGGAGAAACAAAGAGUUCCCAUACGGGUGGUGGUACGGCGUCGUGGGUCACUUGGAACCAUGCAAUGGGAAUGAGAAGUACUGCCGUUGUCACGAGUCAGACAAUGUGGUGCUUGAAUUCAAGCAGUACUCCCUGGGUUCGAGGUGGAGGCUUGCAAUUAUAAACCGAAGGAACCAUAGAGAGGAAGGGAACGAAAUCAACGGGUUCUAUGGAGGAAUCAGAAAGCUCUACACUCUCAAGGAGAUCUCCAUGUGGAAACAGCUCUGGCCUUCUGAAUUAUUAUUGGAAUAAGGAAAAACAGAAAGGAAUCACAACUCGAAUGUAUCAUCCGUCACGUCUUGCAGAUGCAGGAACAUCGGAUUCGAUCCGUGUUAUCUUGUUUGGCCUCUUCGAUCGGUUUCCUGCACAAAAGAAAGAGUAAAAAAAGACUAAAUGCAAGAUAAAGAUGACUCCGCAUAACUACGAAA